AUGUCUCUUCCACUCCCCUUCUUCAAAACGAAGUUCGAGGACAAGCACAUUGUCGAUCAAAAGUUCUACACGGCGAAACACGACGAGGAGAAUAGGGACAUAUUGCUGUUCGCGAACGAGGUUCACGAGAAGCCCAAUAAUAGUGGUCCCGCAAAGACGGUGACGACGACGAUGCCAUUCUUGGUAUCCACUCCUCCGCCACGUGAGCCGGGUCCGGCGAAGGGGAAGAAUAAGAGGGGGGGUAAGGAGAAGGUGCUAUCUAAGGAGGAGGAACAGGUAUGCUCUCGCCUCCGUUCCAUCCAAUGACACCUCGCUAACAAUUCUGCGACCAGCGCCUCCUCUUCGAAUCUGCCUCCUACCGCCUCAACGGGAACCGCCUCUUCAACACAUCAUACUACCUCGCAGCGCUGGACGCAUACCUCCUAGCACUCUCCCGCUGCCCGCAGACGCUAAAACUCGAGCGGGCAACCAUAUACCAUAACAUUGCCGCCACGCAGAUAAAAUUGAGGAGCUACGAUGAGGCCGCCAAGGCCGCCAGCAGGGCCCUGAACCUCCGUCCCGGGUGGGGGAAAGCGCUCUAUAGGCGGGCAAAGGCGAGGGAGGGGAUGGGAGGAUGGGCCGGGCUGGUGGGGGCUUACGAUGACUAUGUGCAGGUUUUGGAGGGCGCGGUGGAUGGGGUUGUGGAAGGGGUGGGGAAAGGCGAGUUGGAAGCGGUUAAGGAGAAGAUUAGGUGGUUGCCCGAUAGGAUUAAGACUGUUAGGGAGAAGGAGGUUGGUGGGGUUGUGGAGGGGAUGGGGGGGUUGAGGGCUUGA